AUGUCAAGAUUUAUCUCUGGUAGAGACUACGAUUCAGCUGUGGAGGAUCUGCUUUCACAAGCUAAAGAUCUCUACGUUAUUGAACAAGUCGCCAAAAUCAACUGCGCUGGCUUCACCGACGACUCUGCUCCUCCCACUAAUCUUGAAACCCGUUUACGUCGUCUCAAGUCUCUUCCGGUUUCUCGACCAGACACGGUUUCGUCUCCCUCAAGGAAGCUUUUCUCUCACUCCAAGAGCAUGGCAAGUUGCGUGGACAAGAAGAAUCGUGGAAACGUUUCCUCUGUUUCUUCUUUGUCCAAUCCAGCUAGAAACGACUCUUGUCCUUUGGAUUCAUCUGUUGAAGAGACACAGACUUUCUCCGGAAGCAAACGCAAUACGGGUGUGAAUUCAGGAGGUCACCUUGGAGAUUUCUUAGAUUAUGGGAGAACUGGUUCGAGUUCAGCGAGGUUUUCUCAACAAGACAAGAUUUGGCCUCCAACAACACAACUUAGCUCAUCUUCAACGAGAGCUUCUCAAGAAGGUGAGAUUUUGACUCCAACAACACAAACCCUAAAGCUUCUUCCUAAAGAGAACUCAAGAAUCAGUCCAUCUUCACUAACCUCAAUUGAUUUAGCCUCCCAAUCAUCUUAUCUAGACAAAGGAAAGAACAAAUCGAAAUCGAAGUUUUUAAUAUCAUGGUUUGAUAAGUUGUCCCUAGCACGAGCCAUGGGUUGCUUACAUGGCAAGCCAUCAUCCAAAAGCAAAAAGACAAAAGAGUUGUCUUGGGAAGAAGAAUUCAAGAAGGCAAAGAAGAGAGUUAAGGAAAAAUCGAAGAAGAUGAAAAAAAACUCGUCAAAAUGUCAAAGAAGGGGAGGACUGACUCAAUAA